CUGAAUUAAGGGUCAUGGAUACCGCGAGACUCCUCACUGGCGUUACACUAUUUUGUUUGACACGUGAGGUAAUUUUGGUAUUUUAGCGAUGUAAAUUGCCUUCUGUGUAUUGUUAUUCAGCAUUUACCAACGAGAUUAUAGAAUGGAUAUCAUUAAAACUAAUCUAAACAACAUCACAGACGACACUUUCAAGAUAUCUGCAGGAAAAGCUGAAACUCUGAGUUUACUACCUGACAGCGUAAAUCUAGUUAUCGUUAGCAAGUUACCUAUACCGAAACUUAUUCGUGUAAACUUACCUCAUCGAUCAAAAGACACAUCAGUCUGUUUGAUAGUUAAAGACAAUCAUAAAGAUAAUUAUGAAAAAAGUACAGAAUCAUGGAAACGGCGUUGGAAUAUGGAUUUAAAAAAGUCUCAACAGUCUCAUACUGAUACACCAUCAGUGACAUUCUUACCAUUGCGUGAACUGAAGAUAGCUUACCAAACCUUUGCUGCCAAACGUCGGUUGGCUGCAAGUUUUGAUAUAUUUCUUGCUGACAGACGUAUUGUUCAUCGCUUACAAAAUAAGCUAGGUAAAGCAUUCUAUCAAGAAGUCACUGGAAAAUUUCCCAUCCCAACGUCAUUUUCAAACAACAAUCUUGUAGAUGUUGUUAAAAAGGAGAUACACACAUCAUUGUUUGUUAUUCGAGGGCGUGGUACGACAGACAGUCUCAUUAUUGGUGAUGUAAGCUUUUCAUCGUCUGAGUUGAAGGAGAAUGUAAUCUCAGUUUGUGAAAAAAUCCUUACAAAAUGGCCAGGUGGUGGUUUAGCAAAUAUUCGUUCUAUGUAUAUCCAAAGUCCAAAUCUUUCCAUUCCUUUGUAUUUCGAUGAAACAGAAGCUUCUUUAACUGCUAUAAGUGAAAAGUUAUCAAAUCUGUCUAAAUCUGUACAUCGAAAGUCUUGUGCUCUUAUUAAAACAUUAAGAGAAGAAAAUCAUCAAGAUUUACCUAUUGUCAUUAAAUCUGAUAAGCCGAAAAAAUCAUUUAAAAGCUUACCAAAAAAGCUUAUUAAAGAAAUUGAAGAAGAUCUUCCAUUAACAUCAGAUGAAAUUAAUACAAUUCUUGGGAAAAGAAAAGCCGGAGAAACUAGCCUUGUAAAAACAAAGUCGAAAAAGUUGAAGAGGAAGACUCCUGUUUCUGUUAAAAUAUAGUUGGCUUGUUAGUGUAUCCGCAUGUUUUUUCUUUUUUUUUUUACUGUUUAUUAUAUUUUAAAAGGCACUACUUGCGUAUUAUUAAGAAGACAGUUGCAGCGA